AUGAAGUUCGAUCUUCCGCUGCUGAACUACGACACGCGGUUCUCGCUAUGGCAAGUCAAGAUGCGGGGGAUUCUGGCGCAGACUCAUGACUAUGAUGAGGCGCUGGAUAGUUUCGGAAAGAGGAAGGCCGAGUGGACUCCAGAAGAGAUCCGCAAGGAUCAGAAGGCGCUUGCCCUAAUUCAGUUGCAUCUUCAUAAUGAUAUUUUGCAGGAGUGUCUGAAAGAGAAAACUGCUGCAGAACUAUGGCUGAAACUAGAAUCGAUCUGUAUGUCCAAGGAUCUAACCAGUAAGAUGCAGAUGAAGAUGAAGUUGUUCACCCUGAAGAUGAAGGAGGAGGAUUCAGUGAUGAGCCACAUCGCUGAAUUCAAGAAGAUCGUCGCCGACCUAGUGUCGAUGGAGGUGAAGUAUGAUGAUGAGGACUUAGGUCUUUUACUGCUAUGUUCUUUGCCAAAUUCGUAUGCAAAUUUUCGUGACACCAUACUUUUGAGCCGUGAUGAACUAACCCUAAAGGAAGUUUAUGAGGCUCUCCAGUCUAGGGAGAAGAUGAGAGGCAUGGUGCAGAAUGACGGGACGUCGUCCUCCAAGGGCGAUGCUUUGCAUGUGAGAGGCAGAACUGAAAACAGAUCCUCCAAUGAUGGCAAUGAUGGAAGAAAGAACUACGAAAGGAGAGGCCGUUCAAAGUCCAAGCCGCAUGGUAAUAAAAAGUUCUGUGUUUAUUGCAAGCUGACAAAUCAUAAUAUUGAGGAUUGCAGAAAAGUACAUGUAAUAAGGAGAAGAGGAAAACAAGUCGGCCGUUCGGGAGUCAAAGGCUAUAAAUUGUGGAAUCCUGAAACAGUAAAGACUUUUAUGAGCAGGAGUGUUGUUUUCAAUGAAUCUGUGAUGUUUACUGACAGUUUGCCCUCAGAUCAUGUUCCAGAAAAGGAGCUGCAGCGUAUGCGCAUGCAGGUGGAGCAUGUUGAUGAUGAUACAGGUGUGCAGGUGGAGCAUGUUGAUGAUGAUACAGGUGUGCAGGUGGAGCCCAUUGAUGAGCAUGGUGACCAUGAUAAUGAUGUUGCUGAGGAUGAUGCUCAUGAUGAUGUUCAGCAAACUCCUCCUAUUUUACAGUUAGAGGAGGAUUUACCUAUUGCUCAACGCAAGUCAAAAAGGACAAUUGCACCUCCUAAGCGUCUUAUUGAAGAGUGUAAUUUGUCUUACUAUGCUUUGAGUUGUGCUGAACAGGUGGAGAAUGUUCAUGAGCCAGCAACCUAUAAAGAAGCUAUUCGUUGUGGUGAUACUGAGAAUUGGAUUUCUGCUAUGCAUGAGGAGAUGCAGUCUCUUGAGAAGAACAGUACAUGGGAGAUUAGUAAGAUUGAAAUCACUAAGUUAAAGAAGCUAUUGAGUAGUGAGUUUGAUAUGAAAGACCUUGGUAGUGCUAAGAAAAUUCUUGAUUUGUCAUAUGCUAUGAGUCUUGUUAGUAGAUAUAUGUCUAAUCCUGCAAAGAACAUUGGAGGGUAG